CCUUGUUGCACGUGGACACACGGGUCAGCGCUGUCGGUGACUGAUGGCAGGAGUCUUACUGAAGAAGCGGCUCAAGGAUGCUGCCCAGGUGCUCGGAUGUGGGGGCUUCCUCUUUCUGUCCUACCUCACUGCACGUGGCGACGAGCGUUUCUAUGCCAACCACCUUAUGCCUGCGCUGCAAAGGAUUGUGGGGCCUGAGAGAGCCCACGUGAUGGCGGUGCGGCUCCUCUCUCUGGGCCUGGUACCCCGCACCGGAUACAAGGACCCAGCUGCGCUGGAACUCGAUGUCCUCGGCCGCAAGUUUCAGAACCCGGUUGGGAUCGCAGCCGGCUUCGACAAGCACGGGGAGGCCGUGGACGGACUCUUCCGCAUGGGAUUUGGCUUCGUGGAAGUGGGGACGGUCACACCCCUGCCCCAAGAAGGGAACCCCAAGCCACGCGUGUUCAGACUGACCGCAGAUCAGGCUGUGAUCAAUCGGUAUGGAUUUAACAGCUGUGGUCUUGCUGCUGUCCAUGAAAGACUCAAGGCACGAGAGAUGACCCAGUUGCGUCUUACCCAAGCCGGGCACCCCUUGGGCAUCAACCUGGGCAAGAACAAACUCUCCCAGGAUGCCGUCGCUGACUUUGUGGAGGGCGUGCGAACUCUGGGACCCUUGGCCGACUACCUGGUGGUGAAUGUGAGCAGCCCCAACACGCCGGGACUCAGGGACCUGCAGGGCAAGGGGGAGCUGCGCCACCUACUGCUGAAGGUGCUGACGGAGCGGGACGGCCUGCCCUCUGGACGGCGACCACCUGUCCUGGUGAAGAUCGCUCCAGACCUCUCCACCCAGGACAAGCAGGACAUCGCAGAGGUCAUUACAGAGGUGGGAGUGGAUGGCCUGAUCGUGUCCAACACCACGGUGUCCCGGCCCAACACUCUGAAAGACCCCCAGCGAGUGGAAGUAGGGGGACUUAGCGGCGCCCCUCUCAGAGACAUGUCCACAGCCUUGGUACGGGAGAUGUACUGCUUAACUAAAGGGAAGGUGCCCAUUGUAGGUGUUGGGGGCAUUGCCAGUGGGCAAGAUGCCCUAGACAAGAUUCGCGCAGGGGCGUCACUGGUCCAACUCUACACUUCAUUUUCAUAUCAAGGACCACCCAUUGUGACCAGGAUCAAACGGGAACUGGAACAACUUUUAAAAGAACAAGGUUUCACAAGCAUCUCUGAAGCGGUGGGGGCCGACCAUAGGGCUGUGGACACCAAACGGUAACUGUGGCAUCCAUACAGCUCCCAAACUAAUCUAUCUUGUCUUAAAGCAGCUGGAUUUAAAAAUCAAAAUCAAAGCACAUCUUUUGCACAGACGGAGAGCAUGGCUCCUUGGAUCUCCGUGCAGUUUGCUCUUCGCUUAUUCGUAUGUUGGAAGUUCAGAAGUGAUUUGAGGAACACGCGCAGCACUCGGACUGAGGCAAGGCAGGACGUGUGGUUCAAACAGGGUACACCCAGCAAGCUGGACAUGGAAAACAAAGCUAGCGGCUGGGGUCGUAAAAGACUGCCGGUAUGAACAGCACAUCUUGUAGAAGAGAUCACAAUUCCGAUCUGAUGAGGGAGGUGAUUUUCCACAGUACCAGAGGACCAUGUGAGUAACACCUGAGCUGCAGCUGUGUGGGAGGAACCUGCCAGGGGAGUGGAAAGAAGAAAACGCUCAAGUGUCUGAUGAACGUGUGAACUGCUGCUGAAAAGUACUGAAGACACGAUGCCUCAUUUCCUCAUCACAUUCGUUCAUUAAAAAAACAACGAGAAAAAAAAAACACUUUGCAGCAAGUUCCAGCAGUCACACUUUGGACUUAUAUUUACUUUUAUAUAAAAAUGUAAGAGGAAAAAAAGUGAGAUUAGGUAAAGUUGUCAAAAAAUGUAAUGUGAAAAUGAUCUAAAGCCUUGUGACUAUAUCUGGGAGUGUUCUGUGUUUAAUUCUUAAAUAGAAGUACUGCAAUGUGCAUGUGUUUAAAAAAUGAUUCCUGUACUAAACAUUGUGUACACGUGUUUAAGGUAGUUCAGAAGUGCAGCCCCCCUUUUUGGGACAAUCUUACAUUUUUUUCCUAAUAAAAUUGGGGUCUACUUUAUACACAGAUUGUAUAAACCGACUUUAAAUAUACAAAUUCAAACUCGUGGAAAUUCCUCUAAUAUGAGAUGAAUGAACGACUGAACUGCAGGUUUGUGCGUGUCUGUGCGACAUCGCUCUGAUGUAUUGACAGGUGAACGGACUAGCGUAUCCACGCGCUAUAAGUUGUGUUGGACGCGUAAAGGUGUCGGCUAAAUAUUAAUCUUUGUAAGUCACUGGAGUAGAGCAUUACGAAAACAUGGAAGUGCCCUGCGGUGACCGUUUCGCAUCUAUAGCCUGUUUCCGCCCCCUGUAACGAGGAGGAUGCUCUGUCCUCGGACCAGAGUUUCGGGUCUCGCCAUGGCUUCUGUUCCUCCAAAAUCGACGGCGGUACCGGUGCUGCCAAGCUUUGCAGCAGCCGGCUCUUUGCUCGCGGUGGUUAUUAUUAUUAUUCUCCUCGUGGCCGACGCUUUGACUUUCCCCUGAACGGUAAGCGACGACAUCGUGCUGGUCUCCAGGCCCUGUGUGCUUUUUAAUAUUCUGCAACUACCCUGUUUACUCUCCUGUGCUUUAAAUAUUCAUUUGGCCUGCUUUACCCUGAACAGCUCCAC